AUCAGCUGUUUCAAGUUUUCAACAUUUGAUUUCGGACUUCGGUAUUUGGAAUUAAUUAUCUAUGAACUUUUGCUAAGACAAUAAUUACGAAUUGUUGCACAAAUAAAUAAAAUUAGAUUGUGUAUAAAAUAUUUAUUAUAAAAAUGGCAGAAAAAUCUAAAAAAAAAUCUGUGAAAAAAUCUAGGAACUUGGUACUUCCAAUUUUAUCAAUGAUUGUUGCAUUAGGAGCAUCAUAUUAUGCUUAUUACAAACUAAAUGCACCCCAAGCCAAACCACAAGUUGAUUUCAAUGCCUACUGGGGUCCAUACCCCAUGGAUCAGAAACCAGAUGUAUCAAUAAGACCUUUUUCUGUUGAAUUUUCUGAUGUGAUGAUAAAUGAAUUAAGAAAUCUAUUACUUCACCGUAGACCCUUUGCUCCCCCUUUGGAAGACAGUGGUUUUACAUAUGGAUUUAAUUCAAACUUCCUUACGAGAGUGCUAGAUUAUUGGCAAAAUAAAUACAAUUUUGCUGAUAGAGAGAAGUUCUUUAACAAGUAUAACCAUUAUGUGACUACUAUACAAGGGCUGGAUAUUCAUUAUGUUCAUAUAAAACCCAAUGUAGCUGAAGAUGUUGAAAUUGUACCCUUACUUCUAUUGCAUGGAUGGCCCGGGUCAUUCAGGGAGUUUUAUGAAUUGAUACCGGAAUUAGCUCCUAGACCAGAGCAUAAUUUUGCCCUUGAACUUAUUAUACCUAGCCUGCCUGGAUUUGGCUUUUCAAAGGCUCCGGUUCGUCAAGGUAUGGGACCUUUAGAAGUGGCAGUAGUAAUGAAAAAUCUAAUGGACCGUAUUGGCCAUCAAAAGUACUAUGUACAAGGAGGGGAUUUCGGACAUAAUAUUGGUUCAAUAAUGGCAACAAUGUUCACAGAUAAUGUUCUGGGUUUCCAUACUAAUAUGCCGAUACUACUCUCCCAUCCAAUGGGAACCAUUUAUAUGCUGUUAGGAACAAUAUUCCCAAGUUACAUAGUUGAACCAGAGAUUCAGGACAGAAUUUACCCCUUGAGUAAACAGAUUUCAUUUAUUUUAGAAGAAUCUGGCUAUUUACAUAUACAAGCUACUAAACCAGAUACAGUGGGUAUUGCAUUAACAGAUAGCCCAGCUGGUCUAGCGGCAUAUAUUCUAGAAAAAUUCUCAACAUGGACAAAUGCUGAGAACAAAAAGGCGGCCGACGGAAAUCUCUUAUCAAACUUCAUGUUAACACAUUUACUUGACAAUAUCAUGGUGUAUUGGACUAGUAAUAGUAUAACAACCUCUAUGAGAUUGUAUGCGGAGGCAUUUAAUAAGAAACGAUUGGGAAACAAGUUUGAUAUGAUCCCAACAGAUGUUCCAACAUGGGGAAUAAAAUUCAAACACGAAUUGAUAACUCAACCAGACAUUGUGUUAAAACUGAAAUACAAGAACUACCUUCAUACUACAGUAGUUGAUGCUGGCGGACACUUCGCUGCAUUUGAGUCACCUAAAAUACUGGGACAGGAUAUAUUGCAAGCUAUUUUGACGUUUAGAGAGUUUUGGGGUGUUAGUAAAUCUAAUCCUCAACAACCACAACCGAAUCCUGAAAAAGCCACAUCCGUACACGAAUUCUAUGUGAAAGAUAUUUACGGGAGGAACAUAAAACUCGAUAAAUAUAAGGGAUAUGUCCUCUUAAUAGUGAACGUGGCAUCCCAGUGCGGGCUGACGAACAAAAACUAUGAACAACUAAACGAAUUAUAUGAAAAAUACUCCAAGGCUAGAGAUUUUCGAAUACUCGCUUUCCCUUGCAAUCAAUUCAAUGGCCAGGAACCGGGAAAUUCCAAUGACAUAGUGAAAUUUAUCAACGAAAGAGACGUUAAAUUCGAUGUCUUCGAGAAAAUUGAAGUUAACGGCGAGAAUGCACAUCCAUUGUGGAAGUAUUUGAAACGCACACAGAGCGGCACAUUAGGCGAUUUCAUCAAAUGGAACUUUUCCAAGUUUAUUAUUGAUAAAAAUGGCAGACCUGUGGAAAGGUUCGGACCAAAUGUUGAUCCAAUAGAUUUGGAACCAUCUUUAGCCAAAUAUUGGUAAUUAUAUUUAUAACGUUAUUGUACAAUGAAAUUUAUUUUGUAUAAUGUCUGUGAAGCAAUAUAUUUAUUGAUCUGAUAUUAUACAG